ACAAACCCGAGAGUGAAACCACCCGAAGUGAAACUAUCCAGUGAGAAAUUGUAACAAAACAGACCUCAAGCGCUUGUGUGUGUUCUUAACGUGACAAGAGUGUUAUUAACGUCUUUGUGAACGUUUGGACACACAGAUAACAGCGAGAAACCUGUCGUAAGUGCAAGAUUUACUGGAUAUUAAGAGAAUAAUAAUAAGUAUUUACAACGGGGCUUCAGUACUUUCAACUGUAAGUGCACUAGAGAGUUGGAGUCCCGAGGAAACCUUUUCCUUAUAUUUGAACACUAAUAAUAAUACCCUAUCAUUGACAACAUAAAGAAGAGCACAAGUCGGACUCCCGUGAGGCAGCAGCAGCGUUGUGGUGGAACUGGACAGCUUCAGACACCUGUUAUGAAUCCCAACCUCAGCACCGUGCAAUGAAACAACGAAGACAAACAACAAAGUGGUGCGAGAAAACAAGACAGCUGAGAAAGAUGCCAAGCUCGCAGUCAAAGGCUAGGCGGAGUCCCAAGUCCCGGGUCGACCCGUUGUUAGGGCUCCGUCCACGGAACUGUGACCACUUCCUACCAUUUAGCAUCCAAAGUGAUUUUCUUCUUGAAUUUUGUGACAGUGGAAUGGGGGUGGAGAGUGGAAAGGGUGGGGGCAUGCCCAUUCCCCGAGGCCCAGGCAACAGACCUCCACAGAACCACCACUUCCAGGGCCUUUCAUCAAUGGCUCUGCAGUUGGACGACCACAGCCCACUGCCAAACCAGCAGUCCGGUCACAGUUUGGGUCCUCAGUGGGAUGGCAACAUAUCUUUCUCUACCCCAACUUAUCAGGACAAUAGUGGUCUCUCCCCUAUUGGGCCAUAUUCGCCAUCCCUGUGGCCACCUCAGUCAAUGGACCUUGACUUGGACAUCAAGCUGGAGCCUUUAGAUGACCUUCUUGGUGUUGAUGACUUACUACCAGGUCACACACUUGGCUUGAAUUCAACAGAUGAUGCACUGCUCGAUGAUGUGAACUUUGACGAUUUGCUCAUGCCAGAACAUUUUGCUAAUACAGCAAUGGAACAGCCAAAUUCACCCAUUUCCAUGCUGACGGUUCACCCCGAUGAAGUAAUGGGCAUGAACAAGGGAUUUUCCACACCGACAAACUGUAAUUUCCCAUACUCGUCUUCUGUGACCCAGCCAGUUAAAGCAGAGAGUACAUCACUUUACUCCUUGCUAGCUUCUUCAUUCCCUCCUCAGGGGGGAGGUUGGCGUGACCCACUCCUCACAUCAUCAUCGUUGCCUGGCCAGCAGGCCAACAACCAGCUUGGCAGCAUAGACGAGUGUCCAGGCUCAAAUCAACAGCAACAGAAUGUAUCUCAACAGCCUCGCAGUAUGGAUCAAGCCUCGGGCUCAACGUCAGCUCUUCAAGAAUUACUCUUGCGUUCUCCCUCCACCCCAUUAUCUCCUCACAGUGUUCCAUCCCCCCAGGGGGCGCCGUCUCCCCAAGAACCUCCAAUGGGUCAGUCAGUUCCACGACCCACUUCUCUUUCAGCCGCCAACCCACUGCUCUCUGCUAGGCUUUCUUCAUCAGCGCCAACCCGCAACUUUUCCUUAGAGCAAGCAUGGCAAAGACGAGAGCCUCGACAGCAUCUUUUGUCAACUGGUUCUUUGGCUGAGGAAUUUGGUGGUUCUGCAUCAUCUCUGAGUACAGUUGGAGGCAUUCUGUCUCCAGGUGGUCAUGACUUAUCCAUAGAUGAAGGGAUUGACUCUGAUGAUGAAUCAGACAAUGAGCACUAUGAUUCUGAAUCUGAUAAUGAUUCAGUGGUAAGUGAGGACACUGGCAGCAUCUCCAGUUCGCUGGGGAAGAAAGAAAGAUACUUUUGGCAAUACAAUGUCCAGGCAAAAGGGCCUAAAGGACAACGCGUCAGUAUCAACCAACAGCAAAGAGACCCACACAGUUUGCCCACAAUCAUGGAUCCAGUCUUCUCUCCUCUGUGCUCCAUCCAGGGCAUCAAACACAGUUUAUCUCUAACUCACAGUGGAAAGGCCCGUAGGGGCGACGGCAAUGAUCUAACGCCAAACCCUCGUAAAUUAGUCAACAUCGGGCGUGAACUCGAGAAACUCAACAAGACAAUCAAUGACAUGACACCAGUGUCAGAGCUGCCAUUCAAUGUGAGACCCAAGUCCAGAAAGGAGAAGAAUAAGCUGGCAUCACGAGCAUGUCGUUUAAAGAAGAAAGCCCAGCACGAAGCUAACAAAAUUAAGCUGUAUGGCCUGGAGCAAGAACACAAGGGCUUGAUAUCCCUGAUUGAAGAUGCAAGAGCCUCACUAAUACGGAAGGUAGAGCUGGGGGCAUCAGGCGGUAACCACUCCAACUCUGUUGCACCUCUCGGUCAGCUCCAGUGUUCCCCUGGCACACCACCCCAGAACCCACAAGCACAAAUUGUACAACACCUGGAAAAACUAAACAAGCUUCGGAACAAGCACAGGAUUGCUGGCCAUACGACAGAAUUUGUCAACCAAGUCAUUGAGAACUGUCAGAAUGGAGAUUCAAGUGGUGGCUUAGAAGAGAUCAUGAAAACCUUCAGCAACACCAACCUGGCAACGAGUCCUUCCUCAGGCAUCAGUUGUGGUGGGUUUUCGCCUCGUUGAAAGCUUCUCGACUCAACAGAGAAAUUCAGCAUUGCUAAGAAUGACAGGUGCUGAAACAAUACUUUAUUUUGGCACCCUCAUAAACUAGAGCAAGAAGAUAUCCAGGCUUUAAAAAACAAUGUUUGGUAAUUUUUAAUUAAUCCAUGACUAAUCAUUGUUCAGAUAGCUUAGAGAUGUAUUAGAUACAGUUGUUCAGUCAGAAUGUGACUAAUUCUGUACAGUUCUCCAUAGCCAUGCUUAUAGGAUGGGUCAUGGCUUAUAGUGUAUAGAAUUUUUUUAUCCAACUUUUUUGUGGAAGACAAGAUCAUGAUUAAAAAAAAAAAUCAAGCAUAAAAGAGACCAUUUAAAAAAAUUGUCAUACUAGGUGAUGAUGUUCACCAUUAAGAGGUGGUGACACAGUAAGACUAGGCUAUGCUCUAGUAGAAGAGGAUAGGGUUAGCCAGGCUUAGCUUUCCCGCAUGAGACGUAGGCUGUGACAGUCAGAGGAACGAUUGAAUUGCUACAAAAUAUGGAAUGUGUGUUUGUUGUUAGUUUUAGACAUGAAUAUCCAACGGGCAGUAUAUCACUAAAAAUAAGUAAUAAUAAUUCCCCUUUGGAGUUUUCCAUGUUUUUCUUUGUUUAAUACUGAUAGCUUUAUUGAUCAGGAAUUAUAGACCAGCUGGCCUUGGUCAUCCACUGUACACUUGCCAAGAAGAAUUAAGGCUCUGUUCUUCUUCCUCUUGAUGGUCUUCUCUUUGGCCACGUUAUAUUAAUUAAUUUAACUACAUUUCCUUGGAUUCUGUAUUUCUUUAGUCAUCUUUCCCUGCUCAGUCUCCAUUUCUUCAUGUACAUAAUUGCUGCGGCAACCCUAAUUCUCUUAAAUGUCCUUAUGUUUUAAUACAACCAGAUAGUGGCUGCUGUCCUUAUUUUAUCAAGUCACAGUUAUAGGCUGUUGAUUAUUCCUCUUAACCUUUCAAGUUUUGAUGUUUCCAAAACUUGAAAACAUUUAAAUGAUUCUGUUUCUGACAUGAUGAGGAUAAAUUCUAUUUGCCAACUCUGUUUGAAGUAACAUGCAAUGUGAUAUUGUAUUACUGUAUAUAUAACUUGGAUUGUCAAAUAAGAACGUCCACAUCACACACACCCCCAGAUAUGACAGCUAGAAAUUUAAUGGGAAUUUAUAUUUUAACAUUUCCUUAUUGACAUGACGAUGCUUUUAGCAACACUUAAGGAAUAUAUAUAUAUAUACUGCCCUGAGGUCCACCAACGCUUGUUCAUUUGGUUAAUAUUGUUGCCAUUGUGGAAAUAUUGUUGUGCAUUACCGAGUCAGUAAUAGCAGGAGCUUACUUACUCCAGUAUCAUAUAUACAAUUAUUUUUGUUGCAGCUUUGGUGUUUUGUUGAUAUAGGCUACAAAGUUUUAUAAGUUAAGAAAGAAGUGUACGUAUGGUGGUCUGUAGCAUUCCUGCUGGUUGGUAUUUAUAUUAUAAGUAAUGUUAAGGUAAUAUUAAACUAGAUUUUUUAAAUAAAAAGUAAUAGUGUAUGAUUCUGUGCUAGUAGUGGACUUGCCAUACCUCCCAAAUAUGACUCUUCAGUAUAGUGUUGUGAAAAAAAAAUUUGAGUUUCAGCCAUAGAAACACAAGAAUUUAUUCUCAGCCAAAAACGUGGAAUUCAAACAAUAUUAAGCCUUGUUACAACACUUUUGUAAGCCACAAAGAAAUGCUUACCCAAACACUACCUCUACUUCAUGUUUGUCUGCUUCCUCAAUAAGGAUUUGGCAUUUUGUAAAUAGCCUGCUAGAUGUGUGGCAAGGAAUGCAACAUAUUUCAGGCCUUUAGCCAAAAUUUUAUCAUGUGGGUUCAGUUAAUAAAACAGAAUACAUUUUAGAAUUCAGGCGUCAAAGUCAAACAUUGCUAGUUCAAAAGUGAGAGUGGGUCCCAUCUGUUCGGGACAGCAUGGACACAGCACACAGUAUACUACUCUGCUGCUUCACUGCUGUUGGUAAAUGAGCUGUUUCUGGUCAGAGACUCUUGACAAUGGAGGUGUUGGAGUAACGUGAAUUUGAUGUACCCAACCAGCAUCCAGUCAUAAAUUGCAUCCAGAAGGGUAAUGAGGGUUGCUCGAUACUAAAUGUUUUUUCUAAAUUUUCUGUAACCAGUAUGAGGCAUAAGACUGCAUCAGCAUGUACUGUACUAUAAGCAUACUCAGACCUGCUGCUCACUUUCGUACAGUAUAUCUACUGUAUUAGCAUUAAUGCAUCCUAUCUAUCGAAUAAACUUUUCCAUCUGAGGACACAUAAUUCCCCAGUGUAGGUUCAAUCAAACCCUUGAACUUCACCUCAUUAUGGGCCUGAAUAUCCCUUUGGUUAUCAGUUUUGGGUGCAGUUAGUGACAUGUUAGACCAAACAGGUAUGAAUUUUCCAUUGUGUAACAUUUACUUCACAAUAAACCACCCCAGUGAAGUACAUACAAUAGUUCAAUGACAAUUAAGUCUGCACUACGGCUCAUUGAAAAUUUUUGUGCAACAAAAAGAUACUGGUUUUAUUUCUGCAGUUCAUAAAUCUUGUUAGUUCAAUCCAUCUGUUUGGCAAAGCAUAAUUAAAUGCUUUUUUAAUCUUUAGUGCACAGUUGUGUAGCAUUCUAGGGAAAUAAUUAAUAUAUAGAGGCUUAUUUUUUCUGGUAAUGUGGGACUUGAUAGUUAAGAAUGAUUCUAUGUCACACAUCAAACCAAGGCAGAAUUUCUAGUUGAUAUUAUUUUUAUAUAGUUAUUGAUGGCCCACUAUUGGUAUACUUUACAGUACAGUAUAGUGGUUUCCUAAACUGACUGUCUCCAGUCAUUCUAAGAUUGCCCUACAUUUGUUUUUUUAUAUUUUAUUUUAGUUUUAUUGUAAAAAUAAAAAAGUUUUUGAAAAACAUUAGAUAUUUUAAGAAAAUUUGCACACAGUGCAACAAUGUUACUGAUAUUGUGAUAGAAACAUUGAGAAUAGCUGUAGUGUUCAUUGUUAUAAGAACUUAAAAAUAUUAUAUGCAGUUUGACUGUAUCCUUAUACAGUACAGUGUACCUGUAGUUAUCAAGGUAAACAAUUAUCGUAUGGAGGCACGUAGCUCAAAUUUAUUAUAUGUACAUUUAAUGCUGGUAAAAGUCCAUAGUAUUAUUUUCUUAUAUUUCAUUUAUUGACAACAACAUUCUAGGUUUUUGUAAGCUCUAUGUUUCAGGCUGCUUUUUGCAAGUCUCACAGGAAUGAACAAGGAAACAUGUACCCUUGGACUAGCGAGUGUUAUCCCAACUUGGUAUAUAGUUGUACAGGUUUUCCAGCAUAACUUUAUAGGUGUGGUUUUUCCUCCAUGUGACUAAUUAUAUUCUGUACAUAAAUGUUACAGCAGGAGGCACUGCCCCCCUGCUGCAGCUGCCAUUAAUACAUGUAAUAAAACCACAAGAGAACAACACAAAGACACCCCUAAAAAAAAUAAAACACUUAUUUAAUUAUGAAAAAAUUAAAUUAGGACUAAAGGGGUGUAAAGAUUUUUUAUUCUGGUAAUAAUAUCAGUUAGUCAUUACUGAGUGUAACAUACAUACAUACAUUAUCGUACAGUAUAUUCUGAUUUUUUUAACCUUAUUAAGUUGGUUACUAAAAUACAGAAGAUACUAGAGGAUAACUGACUCCACCUCCCUCAAUAAUAACCUCCAGCUCAGAUACUGUACCUGCUGUAAUCUAAGAUCUAUCAUUGUCCCCCAACCCCUGACACCUUAACAGAUACUGUAUUAUUGUAUAUGACUGCACUCUCAUCUCCUUAUGAUAAAGAAACAUAUUAUGUCUGUUAAAAAAAUAAAUUAAUUCUAUUAAUAUAUCAUAUCACAGUCAGCAAUGCAUUUGAUAACAUGGGUGGUACUGCAAGACUGAUGACAUAUGAGGCUGUUUCUGUUAAAGAAUAUAAGAUGUGAAGGUAGAUUAAAGAAUGAAUACAAAUAGGGUUGGCUAAUGUGUUGCCAGACCAUUAUGUCAAGAAUAUUUUGGUUUCUGUAUGUUUGUUCUACAUUGUGUACCUUUACUAGUGGUCAAGGUGUGCGUGUGUGCGUUUGAUGUACUGUGUGUAAUACUCAUAUUACUAUUUAUAGGAGAAAAUAUGAGUGAAAAACAUGGCACAGGAGUGCAGUUCAGUAUUGAAAAGUGAGCAGUACAGUGUAUGUGAUGGAGAUGCACACACUCGAGAACUGUUAGUGAGAUUAACCCUUAAAUGGUGGUCAUCAUUAAUGGAUAUUUCUUGUUCCUUGCAUUCCAUUUUUAUUAUAUGGAGGAGUAGGGAAUCCUUAGCUGCCAUUAAAAGGUUAAGGGGAAAUUUUUAUUCUGGGGAAAAAAUUCCCCAAGUACAGUAUGUCAUCUUUGAGGUGUAGUAAUAAUACAAGUUUUACAAAAUUCUUUUAAGAUAACACCUGCCAAGCUCUUUCAAUAAACCGCUAAUUAUUAUUAUUAUUAGACUUAUUAUAAGCAGAUCAAAUUUAAACAUUACUACUGUUGGGGUUGUCCACAUACAGUACCAGGUAUUUUGCAUCACAAUUCAGGACAGUAAUUAGCUUUUACAUUCUGCAUGUAUUAUUUUUCAGGAAAAAAUACAGUGGCAACAACAUACGCAUUUUAGUAGACAACUUUAAUCUUGUAUGGAGGUACCAUACGAAUAGAUGCAAUAACAUGGGUUCACUCUAGUGGUAGAUUAAAGAUUAGAUCCUGCCAUACCACAGUCAUAGACUGCAUAUAUUAUUUUAAUAUUAAGUAUUAUCACCGGUAGUACAGUACAGACAAACAGUAAUAUAAGCAUUAUCACCUCUAGUGCAGACAAAACAGAAAUAAGAUAAUUAUGUUAAAACUGUAUCAUGAGUAUUUAAUUUUUUUAUCUUCCCGGCUCUAAUUAACAGCUAAAACUUAUCACUAAAUAAGUUGGUUUUUGUGAGGUAACCUUGCAAACAAAAUCACUUGGUAGUGUUAAUAUUAACUUUACCUAUACAGUAGAUAUUUAAGCAUAGCAAAAGUAAUUGUUUUCAUUUGUUGGUGAAACAAGUCUUUUUGUUAAGGAGUUUUGCUUUUGGUAUUAUGUUAAAUAAUUAUAUAUUGUACUGUACAUAAUGUGUGUGUGUGUGUGUGUACAUUAUACACUUUAAUUAUGGUAAACAUAGGUAGGUAGCUGGGAAAAUGGGGUCAAGUUAUGGCAAACCCAACUAGCACAAAAUGGAUGAGUUGUGUACCUGAUAAUGUAGGUUAGGUUACCCGGUGCCUGUCUAGUCGCACUUAUUCGUCAGAGCAGAUGUAGUCCUAUGAGGGGUUUACUGUGGUCUCUCUCUCUUCUUGUUCUCUCUCUCUUUCUCUCUCUCUCCAUCUAUAUAUAUAUAUAUAUAUAUAUAUAUAUAUAUAUAUAUAUAUAUAUAUAUAUAUAUAUAUAUAUAUAUAUAUAUAUAUAUAUAUAUAUAUAUAUAUAUAUACAGUAUCUCCAUCUAAGCUGAUAACUGAAACUAGACAGCUCAGGUGGGUCAAGUAGACAGAAAGAAAUCUGUCGACUACUGCCUUCAGAGGCAACCUGCAUUCUGUAAAGGAAACUUCCAUAUAAGCUGACCUGAACAAAUAACAAAAUCUUGUUAAGCAUUUUAUAUAUAUAUAUAUAUAUUUUUUUUUUUUUUUUACAAAUACAGUAUAGGUACUGUACUCAAAUAUGUAUCCGGGGCACCGGUGUGUAUUAGUAUAGCAAGAGACUGUUAUAUUCCCUCCCUCCCCUUCCCCUCAUAAUACAUCUCAACAUUGUACAGACGAGCUGCUACCGUGGUUGUAAUAUUUUCUUCAUACGGGAAGAAUUUCAAACUACUUUAGUUAAACAGCAGCUGUUAAAUCUAGACUUGGGACCUUAAGGUAAUGUUAUAACCUUGUCCUACAGGGUUUAAGCAGGAAAAUGUUCUCUAUAUCCUAUCAUAAUACAAGCUGUAGAGAGGACAUAGGGCAUUACCUCUCUCAAACUUUAAUUCUUUAUCAAAUUAACAGUCUACCUAAAAAAAAAAAAAAAAAAUGGAUUAUUUUUUUAAGUUUUCAUCGGGAAUGUUUACCUAGUUAUUAAAUAUUUGAAAGCUUACUCUAAUUUGUUUUACUGAGAAAGUUUUGUGUUGAUAAUUUGUUACUGUGCUGAACCUAUAAUUAUUAUAUCAUGUAGAUGUUAUUAAUCUCAUACAUAAAGUUCUUACAUAAAAAGGAAA